AUGACCUCCAGCUACGGGCACGUCCUGGAGCGGCAGCCGGCGCUGGGCGGCCGCUUGGACAGCCCGAGCAACCUCGACACCCUGCAGGCGAAGAAGAACUUCUCCGUGAGUCACCUGCUAGACCUGGAGGAGGCCGGCGACAUGGUGGCGGCGCAGGCGGACGAGAGCGUGGGCGAGGCGGGCCGCAGCCUGCUGGAGUCGCCGGGGCUCACCAGCGGCAGCGACACCCCGCAGCAGGACAAUGAUCAGCUGAACUCAGAGGAAAAGAAAAAGAGAAAGCAGCGGAGGAACCGGACCACCUUCAACAGCAGCCAGCUGCAGGCUCUGGAGCGCGUCUUUGAGCGGACCCACUACCCUGAUGCUUUUGUGCGAGAAGAUCUCGCCCGCAGGGUGAACCUCACUGAAGCCAGAGUGCAGGUGUGGUUUCAGAACCGAAGAGCCAAAUUCCGCAGGAACGAGAGAGCCAUGCUGGCCAAUAAAAACGCUUCCCUCCUCAAAUCCUACUCAGGAGACGUGACUGCCGUGGAACAGCCCAUUGUACCUCGUCCUGCUCCAAGACCCACCGAUUAUUUCUCCUGGGGGACGGCCUCUCCGUACAGUGCCAUGGCUACUUAUUCUGCCACAUGUGCCAACAAUAGCCCUGCACAGGGCAUCAACAUGGCCAACAGCAUUGCCAACCUGAGACUGAAGGCCAAGGAAUAUAGUUUACAGAGGAACCAGGUGCCAACAGUCAACUGA